GUGUGUGAUGGGGAAGUGAAACAAACGAACUUCACGAUGUGGAUUGGAAGCGUCGCCAUUCAACAGGGAACUUGGAGAAAACAGCGAUGGUCACAAACCUAUCAUGACAUGUUUAAGCUUUAAGACUGUUUAACUGUAUCGAUUAUCGAUGGACGCCGGUCAGUUCUGCCGCAGACCGGAAGUGGUUAGUGACGACAGUCUGCAGGGUUUUGUGAAGAUCGGUUGCGGGGGAUUCGGUCAGAUUUACCGGGCCAAACACACGGGAUGGGUCAUGGAUGUGGCGAUAAAGCUGCUGCUUUAUAAAGACGGGUCCACGUCCUCCAUCCAGAGGGAAGCAGCGCUGAUGUUCCAGGGAGGGAACCCCAACGUGAUGCGCAUCUUCGGCCUGUACGAGGGCCGGCUGGGGGAGUCCCGGCUCCCGCUGCAGUCCGGGCUGGUGAUGGAGUUCAUGGCCAGGGGCUCGGUGUCCGGGCUCCUGCAGACGCUGGCCGGGCCCCCGCCGUGGCCCCUGGGCUUCCGCAUGGCUCAUCAGAUCGGCCUGGGCAUGAACUUCCUCCAUCACCUGAGUCCUCCACUGCUGCACCUCGACCUGAAGCCCAGCAACGUGCUCCUCAACCACAGCCUCGACGCCAAGAUCACAGACUUCGGCUUGUCCCGAGUGGCUCGCAGCGUGUCGAAGUGUUCGGGAGAGCGAGAGGAGGACGAGGGAGGAACGCUGAUCUACAUGCCUCCUGAAGCACUGCAGUCCGUCAACUACAAGCCCAGCACAGCCUCCGAUGUCUACAGUUACGGUGUCCUGCUGUGGUCAAUCAUCACUGGGAAGGAGCCGUACGGCGGCGCGGUGUCCAGUCUGGUGCGGUUCCGCAUCCCUCAGGGCGACCGGCCGGACCUGAGCCUGAUCGACCCCAGCGGGGCGGCGGGACUGGGGGAACUGGUUAGGCUCAUGAGGAGCUGCUGGGACCAGGACGCCGCCAGCAGGCCAUCCUUCCUCGACUGUGUGAAUGCGACGGAGAAGAUCUUCGAGAUGCACCAGCGCGGGAUCAGUGAUGCCGUCCGAGACGUUCUCAAACACCUGGAAGGUGACGUCAGUUCCAGUCUGAAACCAGUCCAGCUCUCCCGUAACACACAGAUUGGUUUGUUACGUUCACACGUUCACAUCUGUGUGUUCAACACACAAUUUUAUCCGAAGACACUUACAGUUCAUCAAUGUCCUCUUCUUCUUCCUCUUCAAGAACGUCCUCAGGUUUUGUCCUCCGUCAUUGGAUCGCUUUCGCUUCCCAAACAGGAAACGGGAGCCAGUGACACAAACCCCGGACACAGAGACGUGUUUGCUCGUCCCAGUGCGCCUCUGACGCCUCCCAGAACAACACAGCGUCAGACAUCCACACCAGGCGUCCACAUCAACAUGUCCAACGUGUUUGGAGUUCAGAUCGGAAACAAUAACUGCAUGAAUAUUGUUCAGAGAUCCCGGCAGCGACACCAAACCAAGUAAAGCCCUGAGACGCCACGAGCCUGAAGUGGCGAGAG